CGCCUCUUUUUGGUUUUUUGGUCGUAAUGCUUCUGCAGUCGAUUCAGUAAUUAUUUAGGUUGCUCUCUGUAUGUAGUAUUUCCCUGUAGGUCUUGGGUCAACAUGGCCUUACACAUCUGUGGCAGUAUGAGUAAUAUUUCCGGGCGAUUUCGCUGAGCUUCUCGGGCCAAUGGUUCGUCCGUGUCGCAGAUUGUGUGAAGCUGCACGUUAAACUUAAAACUUCAAUGUCCAGAUUUGUUGGCCCUUGCUAGAUGAGGACUCGAAACCAUGAAGGAAGAAGCUUGCCCAAGCAUAUUGCAUUGAAGCGUUGAGCUCUAUCGCAUUAGCUUGCUUCAGCAUUUGAUCCUACUGUCGAUCACUAAUGCUAGCAGUUCGGACUUUGUUCAAGUCUUGCAACGACUCGUUGAUGCCGUCACUUUAUCUGAGUUGGAGAGUUCAUUCAACGCAUUUGGCAUUGUGAAACAUCACCUAGCCAGUGCAUGGCAUGAUCUACAAGCCAUUCGCUUGAGGAGAGUGUUGACUGGACCAUGGCAUUGAUUGUCAACUAACUAGGGCCCAGGGAAGGUCCUAGACAGGUAUUGUUUUGCCGUUGACAAGCUGUUUCAGUUGGGAGGGUGGGGGAGUAAGACGUCACUCCUAAUAAGACACGAUGAAUUCAAUAAAGAGUAUGUCGGACAAAUCCGACAGGAAAGAUGACAAGAAAGAUGACAAGAAAGGUGGAGUCUCAAAUGUCGGAGCUUGGGCAAUGAACAUUAUUAGCUCUGUGGGGAUCAUCAUGGCGAAUAAGCAAGUUAUGUCUGUAGGGGGCUACAACUACAGAUUUGCUACGACAUUAACGGCGUUCCACUUCACAGUGACGGCCGCAGUGGGUUACAUAUCUUCUUCUCUAGGCUACUCCGUUUCCAAGCAUUUGCCCUUCAGAGAUUUGUUUCUAUUCUCCCUAGUGUCAAAUACCUCGAUUGUUUCCAUGAACUUGAGUCUCAUGCUCAAUUCAGUGGGUUUCUACCAGAUUGCGAAGCUGAGUAUGAUACCUACUGUCUGCAUAUUGGAAUGGAUACUCCAUAACAAGACUUACACUAGGGAAGUGAAGAUGUCCGUUUUUGUUGUCAUGAUCGGGGUGGGUGUGUGUACUGUGACUGAUGUGAAUGUCAACUUCAAAGGAUUUACGGCUGCAGUGGUGGCAGUGAUUUCUACCUCCCUGCAACAGAUUUAUAUUGGUGCGCUACAAAAGAAACACAAUUGUGGUUCAUUUGAACUUCUAAGCAAGACGGCACCCAUUCAGGCGGCUUCACUUAUUGUGAUAGGUCCCUUUGUUGACUAUAUUCUGAUUGGAGAGGUUUUACUGAACUACACGUACACCGCAGGAGCCAUUUUCUUUAUACUUCUUUCCUGCACACUUGCGGUGUUCUGUAACAUAAGCCAAUACUUGUGUAUUGGACGAUUCUCUGCUGUCACAUUCCAGGUGUUGGGGCAUAUGAAGACGGUUUGCGUCCUGACUUUGGGCUGGAUUCUAUUUGACUCUAUAUUGACUGGAAAGAACCUAAUGGGCAUGUUUAUGGCUGUUGUGGGGAUGAUCACCUAUAGCUGGGCUGUGGAACACGCUAAGACUCAAGCAGCUAAGUCGGCAACCAUCAAGGUGAAGGAGCCGCUUAGAGAAGACGAUGUGCCUCUUUUGAGAAGUGACGCAGAUCUGGAGUAUGGAAAGGCAGAUAAGGAAUGAACAUGUGAUCGAUUUGUCUAUUAUUUUAUGGGGUCUGAGACGCAUGGUGCUUUCAAGUAGGAUUUAACCCUAAAUCCCUAGCCCUGUAAUCGUAUAACUCUAGCUCACUAAAAAGGCACACACAUAUAUAUAUAUAUAUAUUCUUUUCGAUUUAAGUGCUUAUAAUGACCAUGCAGUUUGUGACCCCAAAAUGUUCAUUAGUAAAAGCUGAUUUAAUAUGAUUUUUUGAAGCUUUAUCUAAAAAUCUUCGCUACUUGAAUAUAUCUUACAAUUCUCUUACUGAUAGUAUAGUGCUUUGUCCGCAGUUAAUAAUGUCACGGUUAGGUACGGAGAGACUACGUCGUAAGUGCUGUCACUAUAGUGAUUUGUCGUCCCACAGUAUGUACUGAUUUCUGCGAAAAUGGUAGCUGGGAAUAAGCUUGA